ACACUCUAUGGUUGUGUUUUGACAACAGAACAUGGCGGGGAAUGAUUUGCUUUCAGAUCAGGGCUUGAGGUCGGAUGGCAGGAGAUCAAAUGAAUUACGCCAAGUGCGGUGUAAACUCGGCGUUUUCUCGCAGCCAGAUGGAAGUGCUUAUUUAGAGCAAGGGAAUACCAAAGUUUUGGCAGCUGUGUAUGGUCCACAUGAGAUCAGAGGCAGCAAGACCAAGACGCUGUACGACAAGGCGCUGGUCAACUGCCAGUACAGCAUGGCGACGUUCAGCACGGGCGAGCGCAAGCACCGGCCCCGCGGGGACCGCAAGUCCCAGGAGAUCUCGAUGCACCUGCGGCAGGCCCUGGAGGCGGCCGUCAAGCGGGAGCUCUACCCCCGCUCGCAGAUCGACGUGUUCAUCGAGGUUCUGCAGGCGGACGGAGGGAACUACUGCGCGAGCGUGAACGCCGCCACCCUGGCGCUGGUGGACGCCGGCAUACCGAUGACAGAGUACAUGUGCGCCUGCACGGCCGGCCUGGCCAACGGGGACGUGCCCUUGGUGGACGUGAGCCACCUGGAGGAGACGCUGGGGGGCCCCUGCCUCACCGUCGCCGCCAUGCCGCUCUCCGGCCAGAUAUCGCUGAUGGAGAUGACGCAGCGGUUCCACGUGGACCACCUGCCCAAGGUCAUGAGCACGGCCCUGCAAGGCUGCAGGGACAUCUACCAGAUCCUGGACCGCGCCAUCCGGGAGCACAUCGUCGCCACGGGCUCCGUGAGCGGCUGGGAGGCGACGCGCGAGUAGCGGGCGACCAAGUACUCCGCACCGGCGCGACUCGUCGCGAAAUUGAGGCGAUUCGGAAACAAGUGUGCAACGAUUCAAAGGGAUGACCAAAUACUUCGUACCGGCGCGACUUGUCGCGAAGUGGAAAUGAUUCUGAGACAAGUGUGCAACGAUUCAUAGGGAUGCAAACAUCCUUACGGAAUCGGAACAGCCACGGCAGAUUCACAGUUGGAGCGGACGAAUCCAGUUAUUUUUUUUUCUUCCGUUUCAGAUCUUGGUGUUGAUUGAGUGGAUGAUUAUUUAGUAAACGUUGAACUACGCAGUGUAGUAAUUGUAUAUUUUCAUAUUAAAAAAAAAAUGAAAAA